AGCUCUUGUCGCGCCUAGUGAGCAUGACAGGUCAUGCCCAGGACCAUCACCACCAGGAUGGGCAUCGUGACCCCCCAAACUUCCCAAUACAAGAAGGCAGGGCCAUCUGGGGGUUCUUACUAGCUUUUUUGGCUUAUUGGCUCUCUCAUAGAUUCGUGUACGUGGAGAACGAUCCUGGAGCUUUAGCACGAGCAAGUGCCCGGGGAGAGCGUGUGGAAUGGUCCUCUUUCGACAAGUUUUACAAGCAAGCUCCUACUCUCUUUUUGCAACCGUCAAAUCACGAGGAACUCAUUGGUAUACUCCGAGAAGCCGCUGCCAGCAACCAGACAGUCAAAGUGGUUGGGUCCGGACACUCCUGGACUCCUAUCGGCCUCACGGACGGGGUCAUGCUUAAUCUUGAUAAAUUCAAUAAAGUCCUUUCAAUCGACGCCUCUGCCAAAACAGUGACUGUGCAAGCCGGGAUUCGCAUUCGAGACUUGAGCGCGGCCCUUGCUGCACACGAUCCCCCACUAGCGCUCCGAAACACGGGUGUCCUCGACCGUCAGUCAUUAGCAGGAGCUUUGGCCACAGGAACGCAUGGCACCGGGAUCAGAUAUAAGAUUAUGUCCGCAGAUGUAGUGGCUCUAGAGCUCGUCACGGCCGGGGGAAACGUGCUGCGGGGGAGCCGGAGGGAUCCGGACCCGGCAAUGCGCGAUAUGUUUGAGGCAGCGGUACUGCAUUUGGGCGCCUUAGGCGUGCUCACAGAAGUGAGCAUGGAAGUGGUUGAGGCAUUUUCCGUCAUCAAACGCAAUCGCUUGUUGCCUCUCAACACGGUGCUUAGCACACUACCAGCAUUGGCUGCGGGUGUGGAUCACUUGUUGGUGUGGUUCAUUCCCUACACGGGGAGGGCGCAGCUCAUGGAGAGCCUUCGGAUUCCGCCCACCAAGGUGCCUCCCACGCACGACUGGGGCGAUAGCCGCAAGCACUGCCAGAAUUUCGGCUCCACGAGCGGUGAUGAGGCCAGCGCCGCGCAGAG